CCAAUCAAUUCUGAGGCUUGAGAGUUGAGCCUACUUCUCAAUCUUCAUUAUGUGCUCUCUCUUGUGAAUGUUUAUCAUUUUGAAUAGUACUAUAGUACUACUAAUAUUCUUUUCCUUGAUUAGUUGUUGUAUAUUAGUAUUAAAUUAAAUUCCAAAUGAAGCACCUUUGCAUGUCAGCAUGUGUCUCUCUGUUCAUUACCAUAUCAUAACCACUCUUCUUGACUAAUAGCUUUAUUUUAUUAUACUAGAAGAAAGCCCUGAAAAUUAAACCCCACACAAAGAAAAGACAGUGAGAAAUAGUUUACUCAGAGAAAUCUUAUGGAGAAACAGAGGAGUUUCUCCGUCAAACCCACUAGGCUAUGGCUUUUCUCUUUCACCAUUUCAUUAUCUCUAAUAUUUUUCAUCUUCUUUUCUUUUUGGGUCCUCAAUCUUCCACUAUCUACUCGUCAAGAAACUCAUCUUCACUUCAACACUAGUACUACUACUACUACUUCAGUCUCUUUGGGUCUCAGAUCUCCCUUCAAGAUUCAAACUUUAAGUGCUUUUCACAGAAAUUACUCAGCAACCCAAUUCAAGAAAUCAGUUUUAGUAGGUACCCAUUUCAGUAGAGUUGAAAAUGAGUCCCAAGUUUCUAACUUUUCAACAUUUGAGGGAAUCUCGGAAAAGGAAAGUAAGCCUCAAUUAGUGGCUUAUACUAUAAACAGUGUAAAAAAUUCAACUUUUUUUGGUAACCGUUCCACAGAAUCGGAAACUGUUUCUGGUUCUUUUUUGAUACCAACUUCUAAGGAUCUUCAAAUACAUAGUACCAAUAGUAGUAUCCCUACUAAGAAGCAGCAGAAAAAUGUCAAUAUUACUUUGUCCAAGAAAGGACAAGUUUCUAGUGAUGUGGUCAAGGUGGUGAAUAAGAAAAAAAUAUGUGACAUCACAAAAGGGAAGUGGGUCUUUGAUGAUAGUUAUCCUUUGUAUACAAAUGCUACGUGUCCCUACAUUGAUGAAGGUUUUAGUUGUGAAAGUAAUGGAAGAUUGGAUAUGAAUUAUAUGAAAUGGAGAUGGCAACCUCAAGAUUGUGACAUUCCAAGGUUCAAUGCUACUCAGAUGCUGGAAUUUAUCAGAGGCAAAAGGUUAGUGUUCGUUGGUGACUCAAUCAACAGGAACCAAUGGGAAUCAAUGUUGUGCUUGUUAAUAGGAGCCAUCAAAGAUCCAAGAAAGGUUUAUGAGACCCGUGGUCGGAGAAUAACGAAGGAGAAGGGAAAUUAUUGUUUCAAAUUUGUGGACUACCAAUGUACAGUUGAAUACUAUGUAACUCAUUUUUUGGUUCAUGAGGGCAAGGCAAGAAUAGGCAGCAAACGGGUGCAAACCCUGCGUAUUGAUACGAUGGACAAAGGUUCAUCAAGAUGGAGAGGGGCUGAUAUCCUGGUUUUUAACACUGCUCAUUGGUGGAGUCACCAUAAAACUAAAGCUGGGAAGAAUUACUACCAGGAGAGGAAUCAAGUUCAUCCUCGCCUUGACGUUUCAACAGCUUUCGAAAAAGCCUUGACAACUUGGGCAUCAUGGAUUGAUAGAUAUGUCAAUCCAAGCAAAACACAAGUUUUCUUCCGGAGUUCUGCUCCUUCUCAUUUCAGUGGGGGUCAGUGGAACACUGGUGGGCACUGCAGAGAAGCUUCUCAACCGAUCCCCGAGACUUACAGAGGCGAAUACCCAGAGAAGAAUAUGAUAGUUGAGCAAAUUAUAGGCAAGAUGAAGACUCCAGUUACCUUUUUGAAUAUAACUGGUUUGUCAGAUUAUAGGAUUGAUGGUCAUCCUUCAAUAUAUGGAAGAAAACGGGGUAGCUCUUCGCGUGGUCAAGAUUGUAGCCAUUGGUGUCUCCCAGGUGUUCCAGAUACCUGGAAUGAAAUCUUGUAUAUGCAUUUAGAAAGUAAAAGGAGAAAGAGUUUUGCCUAACUGAAACUUCCUUCUCAAAUUUGUAAUUCUUUCAUUUGUUCAGCUUGUUUGCUAGGCUUGUAUAUAGCUGUGAAGUUGAGGUU